AUGGCUCCGAUCUUCCCCUUCGCCGCCGUCUGGCAACUUCUCCUGCUCGCUGCCCUCUUGGUGUCGUCGUCCUUCCCGUUCACGGAGGGCCGAGCUCCCUGGCGGAGGCAAAGCCGAGCCUUCGAGAUCCCCAUCUCCGGCGACUCGUCCACGGGCGGCGCCGCCGCCUUACGGGUGGGCGAGCCCGCUCAGACGGUGUUCCUACUGCCGGACACCGGUAGCUCCCACACAUGGAUGUUCUGCGGCUCCCCGGAGACUCUCAACUUCUCCAGCUACUACAACGUCGCAGGCUCAUCCACCUUCUCGCCCAUCUACUGCUCCUCCCCCGCCUGCUUCGACCGCGAGGAGUGCUCCUCCCCCGGCGACCUCUGCCGGUUCACGGCGGAGUACGUCGACGGGACCUCGGUCAGCGGCUUCUGGGCCCUCGACACGGUGACCAUCUGGUCGGACACGGGAGACGAGGUCAAGUUCCGCAACGUCACCGUGGGCUGCAGCACGCAGCGGCUCUCUGACGACAUUCUGACGGUCAACGGCAUCCUGGGGCUCUCCCCGGAGGAACCGUCCUUCACCAGCUACAUGAGGCGGGAACUCGGCGGAGGGGCCAUGGCCCACUACGUACCCAGGGACGACGAAGGGGAGUACGAUGGCGACAGCGGCUUUCUCGCCUUCGGAGACGCCGCCAGGUUUGGCGCCCUCCGGGAGGGGAUGAAGCACGUCGACCUCAUCGCCGGCGGCGGGUCCUGCGAGGAACCCCCGUCUUUCUUCCUCGUCGGAGUCUCCGGCAUCUUCGUGGCCGGUGUGAGGGCGCCCGUUCUCCCGUGGGUUUGGGAUUUCGAGCCGGAGACGAACGUCGGAGGGGUGAUCCUCGACACCGGCACGCCGUUGACUUACGUCGCCGGCGAGGCGUUCUCCGGCAUACUGGCGCUCUACAGCGACUACUUCCGGCGGAGAGGGGUGCUCGCGUGGGAGGGGGAGGAAGGGUUCUGCUUCGCCGGCGAGGACUACGACCCGGAGACCUUCCCGGCGGUGACGAUCGAGUUCGACGGCGGCGCAAGGCUGACGCCGUUCCCGGAGAACCUGGUGCAUGAGCCGGAUGAGGGGACCAAGUGCUUGGGGAUCAAGGCCAAUAACAGGAGCGACGGCUCCAUCAUCGGCAGCUACUUCCAGAGAGGUUUAUACUGGGAGUACGAUCUGGCCAGGGGGACGCUGGGGUUCCGAGCUGGCCAGUGA